UGUAAACCCUAAAAACUAUAUACCUUAAAUAAAGUAUACCUACAUACAGACAUAUAUAUGCAUGUCUCCUUCACGAGCUAAUUGCAGUAGUACUAGUAGUAGUAGUGGUCGAUGGAGUCCAACGCAAGAGCAGGUAAUGGUACUGCACGCACUGUACAGAAGUGGGUUGACUAAGCCAAACCCUUCCCAGGUAGAGAGAAUCACCUCCCAACUUUCCCUCUACGGUAGGGUUCAAUCCAAGAACGUGCUUUACUGGUUCCAGAACCGCAAAGCCAGGGAUCGGAAAAAUCUCAGGAACAAACUGCACCAACAGCACCAACCCCAACUGUACCAUCAUCAUCAUCAGCUACUAAUUAACAAUUAUUAUAAUACUACCCCUUCUCCCUUCGCCCUUCAAUUGUUCAAUUGUUUCCCACAGGAGGUUACUGCAGAUCGAGGCCGAAUGACAUGGACGGCGGACGAUCUUCCGAAAGAAUGCUCGAUCGAAACGAACGGCCAGGAUUCGGUGCGCUACAACAGAAAGAAGAAGCCCCUGGAAACCCUAGAGCUAUUUCCUCUCAGACCAACUACUGUGUAAUAAACAUUCAAGAA